GUUUUAUUUUAAUUAACUACGUGGCACUGCUGCUAGCUGUCCUCAGACCACAUGAAUAAUCGCGUUACUUUGACAAGUCGUACGAUCGGUUAUAUCGUUUUCCUCGAUCCCGAAUAAUUUGUUUCGCAUAAAAAGCCAUGGUGGUCGCAUCGUGUUUUUAAUCCAUAUCUACUUUUUCAUCCUCUAUCACUACCUGAUCAUCCUUUUUGUAAAAUGCCUGCUCACGAAGUUGUAAUUGUUGCUGCGUCCCGUACGCCUGUCGGAUCCUUGUAUGGAUCACUUAAGACUUUGACCGCUCCCCAACUUGGCGCCGUGGCUCUCAAGCAUGCUUUCGAACAGUCGAAAGUUGAUCCCUCAGUAGUUGAGGAACUCUAUUUCGGCAAUGUCGUCCAGGCUGGUGUUGGUCAAUCACCCGCACGUCAAGUAGCGCUCGCUGGUGGCAUGAAGUCCGCAUCUGAUGCUACAACCAUCAACAAAGUCUGUGCUAGCGGCAUGAAGUCAAUCAUGAUUGCUGCCCAGAGUAUAGAAUCCGGCUACAAGACCGUGGUUGCUGCUGGUGGCAUGGAGAGUAUGAGCAACGCUCCAUACCUGCUUCCCCGCACGAACCCUUUGUUCGGCAAAUUUGAGACCAAGGAUUCUGUUGAAAUCGACGGUCUCUGGGAUGUCUCCAACAACUUCGCCAUGGGCUGCUGUGCGGAGGCUACCGCAGAGAAGUACGAAAUCAGCCGAGAGUCACUCGAUGAGCACGCAAUCGAGUCGUAUAAACGUGCUGAUCGCGCAUGGAAAGAGGGCGCCUUCGACGCUGAGAUAGCUCCAGUCACGAUCAAGGGCAAGAAAGGCGACAUUGUGGUCAGUCAAGAUGAGGAGUACAAGAAAGUUAUCUUCGAGAAGGUCCCCUCCCUGAAGUCAGCAUUCAAGCCAGGCGGUCGUAUCACUGCUGCCAACUCUUCAAACCUCAAUGAUGGCGCCUCUGCUCUGUUAUUAAUGUCAGCAGAGAAAGCAAAGGAGCUCGGCGUAAAACCGCUCGCCAAAGUUAUUUCAUAUGCAGAUGCGGGUGUUGAGCCUAUCGACUUCCCUAUGGCUCCUGCCGUUGCUCUCCCAGCAGCGCUCGAGCGAGCCAACCUGACUGUAGAUGACAUCGCACGUUUCGAGGUCAACGAAGCCUUCUCAGUUGUCGUCCGUGUUGCCGAAAAGCUCCUACAACUUGAUCCUGCGAAGGUCAACAUCAACGGUGGCGCUGUUGCACUUGGUCAUGCGAUCGGAAACUCAGGCUCUCGUAUUGUGGUGUCUCUUGUCCAUGCCCUAACAUCUGGCGAGUACGGUGCAGCAGGCAUCUGCAACGGGGGUGGAGCUGCUUCUGCCAUUGUCAUUCAAAAGCUAUAAUCCAUUGUUGUUGCACUUUUGUACCUUGUUUGUUUCUAGACGAAGAACCCAUCUAUUGUAUAAUUGGCAUCUGUAUUUUCUCGAUAGAACACAUCAAAUUUCAAACUUUGCAUAAUA